AUGCCUCCAACAUGUACUCACAACAGUCGCCAUCAAUCCAUAAUGAAUCUUAGACACAAUCCAAUGCGCUUUAUGCGCAAUCCUCUACAAGGAAGCACUCCAACAAUACACUCACAAACACUGCGCUGCCAAAAUUGUCACCUUCGCAAAAUCUCCAACGCCACACGCACCCACCAGACCAAGCAUCAACGGCCACGCCUCCGAUUAAUGCCCCUCGGCGGCUCCAUCACCUAUGGAAGCAAAUCCUCCGACGGCAACGGCUACAGAAAACCCCUAUACGACCUCCUCCUCGCAGAUGGAUAUGACGUCGAAAUGCUCGGGUCCCGCCGCGCCGGCACAAUGGCGCAAAACAGCAACGAAGGAUGGCGCGGGUUCAGAAUCGACCAAAUUGAAGGGAAGGUGGUGAGGUCCGUGGCGAAGCACCUACCUGAUGUUAUUACCUUUAACGCGGGGAGCAAUGAUUGCCGUCAGCAGUAUGAGAUUGACGCGGCUGGUCAGCGGAUACGCAAGUUACUGGAGGCGUUGUGGGAUGCGUCGCCGCGUUCUACGAUUAUUUUGUCAACGCUGGUGAGGAGUGCGCAGGAAGAUGCGGAGAGGGCGGUCGUGCGUGUGAAUGAACAGAUUUUGGAGUUAUCUAAGGAAUUGGUUGCUUCGAGGAGGCGGUUGGUCUUGGUGAACAUGCAUGUUGCGGCGUUGGGGUUGGGGGAUUUGGCGGAUGGGACGCAUCCUAAUGAUGGGGGGUAUUUGAAGAUGGGUAGGAUUUGGUAUGAUGGGAUAAAGGAGGCUGAAUCUGAGGGGCUUUUGGAGUUGAGGGAGUGA